CAGGGAGCUAGCCCACGUGCCACGUUCCCUAUUCGUUGCCUCCUCUCCCUCUCCAUCUCCCUCUUCCUCGUCCGCCGCCGCCGCCGCCAUUCACCACAGCCCUCCGCCACAGCCGCCGCCGCCGCCACCAGAGCCCACCCCAACAGCCUGCAACCCAGCCCUCUCUCCCUGCGCUCAUAUUAUCCCCACCACCAGUGAGCUCAUCCCCUUCACCUUGCCCCAGAUCGAGCAGCAGGUUCGGAUCCACGGCCACGACGGUGUGAGUGCCCCGAUGUAGAUUCAAGACGCUUGAGGUCGGUGCUCAUUGCGGCUCUUACUCUCGUGCCGACGCCAUGGACAAGGUGCCCUCUCCAUCAAUUUUGUUUUCGAUUUGGAGUUGAUUCUCUGUUCAUGAAGCUCCUUUCUUCUCUGCUGCAGGAGAGCAUCUCUCUCUUAUCGUGAAGCAGCCCCAAUCCUAGCCCUUCUUUGGCCAUGGGGACUGAGCAGGCAGGAGGUACGAACCCCUCCUCGCCUCCCAAAACCAACUCCUGGAUAUCCUGUUGAUGACAGAGGAACAAGGAUGACAAUCAUUCAGUACUUGAAGGACAUAUACAACUGCAAUCUGCGUAUUUUAUUCAACUACAUGAUCGACCAACACUCUUUUCUAUAGCAUGGCAGCAGCUUUGGUUUCUGGCGCUCAAUUCUCCAUUGUUGGCAGAAAUUCUCAAAGACAAAGACACACAAUGAAGAUAUUAACUAUUCUGAAAUAAUAUGUUGAACCAAUUAGGACUUCAAAACUAUGAAAAGAAUUUCAAGAAGGGUCUUCUGACUGAUGAAACAUUGCCUUUUAAAAAUGAAAGUUAGAGAGUAGUCCGUGCCUCAUCAUCAGGCAUCCUCUGGAGCUUCCCCGAGGUGACAAGUGCUUCCCACGGUGUCUCUCUCUGUUCUUAUUGCUACUGCACACAAGCUACUGACCUUGCAGACCAGGACAUACAUCCUGGUGAGCUCCUUGGUCAUCGACUGGUCCAUCACCGAGGUAUGUAUUCACCACUGACUUCUCUCAGAUCAUAUGCAUGCUCCUUAUAAUCUAGGGAUUAUAGUUCUUCAGAAUAACUGUAUUAUCGGGCCGUGAGGCACCGCUGUUGCUAUAGUCUUUGCACAGAGUUAGAGAAAACAUAUGAGUUCGACAACUUGCGUUGAGGAAAACUGAUGCAAGCGAAGUGUAUAUACGUCACCAGAAAUUUCCAAAGCAUCGGAUGUUCUGAGAUUGAUCAGAUCAAUUCAACUAAACACAUGCUCCCUAAGCCUUGGAACUUGCGAGUGACAAGGAAACAGCUGCUGCCACCCUCGCUCCAGAUCGAGCAGCAGGUCUGGGCCACAGCGGCGAGAGCGGCUCGAUGUGCAGGUUCAAGCCGCGUGAAGAGGGAGGGGGUGCUCGCUAUGGCUCUGACCAUGGUGCCAACCCCAUGGACAAGGAAGCUACUGAAUUAGGUAAGAAGGCCAAGGAAUUGAAGAAGGCAUCGGAAGCCCUUCACCAAGAAGAGAGAAGUGGGAACAAAGGCAGAAAAUGGCGCAAAAACAUGAAGGCUGUCGAGAAGGCUGAGGCUACCUGGGCUUUUACAUUGCUUGAUUACAUUGGAAAACUCAUAUUCGGCAUUGUUGGGUCUGCCUGGGACUGCUGCUUUUGCAUUCUUCUGCUAUCUCCUCAUCGCAGUGAUUGCUGGAGAAAUGAUGCUUGGCCUGAAAUUAGUUUUCAUCAGCAUUCACCCAAUGAAAUGGGGAGGAACGCUGAUGAACUCUUUUCUGUUUAAUGUUGGACUGAUCCUACUUUGUUCCAUCAGGUAUGCUACCGAUGUCUUCUGUUAGAAGUCCAUGUCUUACUGUAAGGGCAGCCCCAGUGCAUGUAGCUCUCGCUUGCGCAGGGUCUGGGGAAGGGUCCGACCAUGUCUUACUGUAACUUGCAAUGAAAUGUUUGAAGGCUGUAAAUUUACAAGAAUUAAAGAAUGUAGUGGAGAUACGUGGCAGAUCUAAAGAAGUUGUUUCCACAAAGCAUUAGGACAGUAGUUUCUGUUAUUAGUCAGUAAUAGUGAAUACUUGGAAGUGCACAUCCCUGAAGCAUUGAUUUAGCAUGGGUAUAUAACUUGGGCCUGGGUCCAAAUCCUCUGCUAUAACUGUGCCAUAGUUACGGUCACUGCUUCGUGGGUGAAUAAUGGCCUCUGUAUGAACGCAAACUACUUGUUCUUUAAGAAGUCCUCUCUUGAAUUUCCGUGCUUGUGUACUUAGCAAUGUGUUUCAGUUCUGCGAGACAGCUUUUGCGUACUAUGCACAAGCAACUACAGCUCAGGAGAUUUUUGGCCACACGCUGCAGUCUCUUUGUGGAAUUAAUUAAGUAUCUCUACAAGUAAGUCUUGAACCAGCAUGCAGUCAGUAGAACUAUCAACCUGAAGUUGUUGCUUGAACCAUCAUGGGUAUCACUGUUGGCUGCUGGUACUUGGCUUAUUCUUUAUGCGAAGAUAAUAAUUCGAAAAUAACUGCCAUUUUCUCUUAACCACUCUUUAUUAUUUGGUGCAGAUUAUAUGAUUAUUAAUGUAGACACAUGCUACUUGUUUAUUUUUUCGAGUGAUGGUUGCUUAACCGAAAUGUCUCAGCUCUUGUGAACAUGCUAACAUGUUACCUCUCUUCCCCAGAUGGUGCAAGUA